AUGGCGUCCGAGGAGCCGCUCGUGAUCGUCACCUCCACCGCGCCCGUCAACAUCGCCGUCAUCAAGUACUGGGGAAAGCGUGAUGAGGAGCUGGUCCUGCCCCUUAACUCCUCCCUGAGUGUCACCCUGCACCAGGACCAGCUAAAAACCACCACGACCGCUGCCAUCAGCAAGGACUUCACAGAGGACCGGAUCUGGCUGAAUGGCACCGAGGUGGAUGUGGGGCAGCCGCGCUUGCAGUCCUGCCUUAGGGAGAUCCGCCGCCUGGCCCGGAAGCGCAGGAGCACAGAUGACGGGGACGCACCACCUCUCAGCCUCAGCUACAAAGUACACAUCGCGUCAGAGAACAACUUCCCCACGGCCGCAGGCCUGGCAUCCUCUGCCGCAGGCUAUGCCUGCCUGGCCUACACCCUGGCGCGAGUCUACGGGGUGGAGGGUGAGCUCUCAGAGGUGGCUCGCCGAGGCUCAGGCAGUGCCUGUCGGAGCUUGUACGGCGGCUUUGUGGAGUGGCACAUGGGGGAGCGUGCCGACGGCAAGGACAGCAUCGCCCAGCAGGUGGCCCCUGAGUUGCACUGGCCAGAGCUGCGCAUCCUCAUCCUUGUGGUGAGCACAGAGAAGAAGCUAAUGGGCAGCACAGUGGGCAUGCAGACCAGCGUGAAGACCAGUGCGCUGCUCCAGUUCCGGGUCACAUCGGUGGUGCCAGCACGCAUGGCUGAGAUGAUCCGAUGCAUCCGCGAGCGGGACUUCCCUGGCUUCGGGCAGCUGACCAUGAAGGACAGCAACCAGUUCCAUGCCACCUGCCUGGACACCUUCCCCCCCAUCUCCUACCUCAACGACACCUCCAGGCAUAUCAUGCACCUGGUGCACCGCUUCAACACGCACUACGGGCAGACCAAGGUGGCGUACACGUUUGAUGCAGGCCCUAACGCUGUGGUCUUCACCUUGGACAACACUGUGGCAGAAUUUGUGGCAGCUGUGAGGCACUGCUUCCCCCCGGAGUCGAAUGGAGACAAGUUCCUGAAGGGGCUGCCGGUGAGGCCGGUCCCACUGUCAGACGAGCUGAAGGCUGCGCUGGCCCUGGACCCAACCCCUGACGGUGUUAGAUACAUCAUUGCCACAAAGGCGGGGCCGGGGCCUCAAAUCCUAGAUGACACCCACCUUCACCUCCUGGGUUCUGAUGGUCUACCAAAGCCCGCUGCCUGACUGCUCGUCAAUGGGCCAUUGUCUGGAGCUGGGAGCUGCUGCAGUGGCCGAGUGGGGCUGUGGGCUUCUUGGUGGCCACCUGGCUCUGGAUGCUAGGGGGCAAAUUGGGGCAGCAGUUUUGCUGGGGGCAGUGAGUGGCCACCUGCAGCCAUUGGGAUUGAGGUACAGAGACCUGGUGGUGGGGACUGAGCCAACUUGGUAUGACCAUGGCCCCGUGUGGGGAGCUUGCUGACCCCGUGCUGGGGCCACAUGUGCAGCUCUGGACACAGCCGGUCUGUCGCACUGAAACGACAGGACCCAGGUCUCCCAGUAGUGCAUGAUGGGCACAGUGCAGGGAUCAGCCGAGGGUCUCAGGAAACCUCCAAGGCCCCUUUCAAGGCCAGUAGGCUCCCUGCUGAGACUUGGGGCCCUGAGCUUAGGCCCACAAGGAAGAAGCCCUAUGGCCUGGAGGGGCUCCACUGCCAGGAGAUGUGGGUGGCAGCCCCCCACGGAGGGGAAGGUGGCUGCUGAACCAU